CAGCUGGAUCAUAUUCCAUCGAGUGCUGCACGGCUGCAUCAGAGUGACUCAAGGCUUCACAAUGGAAAGAAGCGAAGCCGGAGGCAGCCCCCCAGACGACAGCGGCCUGUGGAUGAAGCUAGACUCCAGCCCUGUCACAGCUCACACACAGAUCCAGUCCACAACCUCUGGUGAAGAUCCCCAGACAAAGAUCAGCAGCCACGACGCCAUCCCACGUCCUCAUCCUCUGCCGCCGACAGAGGGCAGCACAGAGCCCAGCACCAAUAAUUCCAGUGUGACCCAUUCAAAUAAGGCAGCUGACGCCACAGAAGCUGAGGCUAAUCCCAGCAGCUUAGACUGGCACCGUGGGGAGAAGCAGGUAACGGCAACACGGGAGGAUGAAGUAAACACAGGCCACACUUCCAAGGAGUCUGGGGACGUUGAACGUCCGUCCAAGAACACGUGCUACGAUCAGGUUCAAUCAGCAACCGAUCAGGACACAACAAGGUCCGUGGAGGCCGCUGACGGACUGAUGGAAACAUGCAGCGAUCCGAACAAAAGAGCUGUGGAACCAAACGAGGAAGCAGAAGACUCUGCCUCACAGCCACAAACCAGAACCACAAGGGCCCAUGAGCCUGAAGACACUGUCUUCGACCCAAAUCCAGACUGUGAUGAAGUGAAUGAUGAAGACUCAUCAGAACUCCACGCAUGCAGCCAAACGGGCAGAGCCGCCGAGCACAUGACCCAUGAUGACAAAGAAGUCGUUGACGCACAAUCGCUGAACUACAAACUUACUAAGGACGACUGGCUGAGGAGAGAGAGCGGCAGCAUUGAAACGCAGCCAAACGCAGACGAGGUGAGGAGCCAGCGCAGAGACGGAACCUGGAAAAUAGCUACUGACAUCCAGCAAGGAGAGCACCUGCUCCAGCGCCUGCAGCUGGUGCAGCAGCGGCAGGACGGCAGCACGCUGAGCUUCCAGCAGGCGGCGCUCGGAGCCCAGCAGGAACCCCCCCCACGGAGCGCCGACCGGAUGAUGGAGCAGCAGCGGCCAACGCAGCCGAGGACGGGAAGCCGGGAUCCAGGUGGAGCCUGGCUCUGUGCUCCACCGGCCCGGUGGAGAACGUCCGAGGAGGCAGCCCACGGGAAGCUAAGCCUGCACACAGCGGCUGGGGCCUUCAGUCUGCCAGUCAACAUAGACGUGCUGGAGAUCCCCUUUCACACCAGCAUCUCACUGGAGCCGUUUCAAAGCCAGCACAGCACCUGGCAGUUCUCAGAGCAGAAGAUGCAGAAGGAGAUUAGUGUAGAGCCUCAGAGAGAAGUGGUUCUGGUCAACCAGGGUAAGAUCCCCGGAGGGUACAGCAAAGGAGAGGCCCGGCACCUGAAGGAGACCAGACUCCUGUUCGAGGCGUUCCAGCAGGUUCAGGCAGAAGGUCCAGCCAGGCACAGGAGGUCUCCCCCCUCAACCACCAAGGGUCACGUCUAUCCCUCAGUGCUGGAGCGAACACGGAGCCUGGAGAUGUUUUCUCUGAAGAGCUGCCCCGUUACCAGAGCCCAGUCCCUCAGGCUGUACAAGCCAGGCACCUCCGAGCGAGCAGGAAGCCCUGAAAACAUAAGAUCCAAGAGUCCGACAACACGUUUAUGCCCGUACCCCCCCAAAGACAAACACCUGCCUCUGUACAGAUGUGUGGACUCAUUGAGCCCCGAAGCCUCGACAACAGCUGGGGAGACAAGGAGCGAAGCCACACCCCAAUCUCCCAUUCUCAAACAAAACCCCUUCUUCAAGCUGCGUCCAGCGCUGGCUCUGCAGCCAGAGGUGGAGAAGGACAUCCGGGAGGCCAGGGAGCGAGAGGAGGAGCUGCGCAGACAGAGGAGCGCUCUGUAUGGAGACCAGGCUCAGGAAGAAGAAAGGUCAGAGGUCACAGAGACGCGACAGCCAGGUGUCGGACAACAGGCCACAGGGAAACUGGAGCGUGUUUGGCCGCCUCCCCCUAAACAGACACAGCACGAGCCCAGCGCUCACAGAGCCGGAGGUCCCAAAGCUCGUCUGUGGCAGCGCCGGGAGUCGGACCCGAUCAACGAGCGGAGGCCGCAGGACGACGAGUGACCGCCUGCCACUGGCGUCAGCUUUACAUGUUUAACCACUAGCUGUACUGAGCACGUAAAUAAACAUCAAUGUUUAACAGGAGUUAGCUUUGUAAGCAGCAGCAGCAGCAGCUUCCCGUCCUAGCACCAUCUGACACUCGGCCACAGACGGCUACACGCUAACACAUCAGUCACCAGAAGCCACUGCUUCACACAAUCCAUUACAUCUGCGUGUUUAAAUCGAGCUCCUCGCGUCAAACGAUGCAUCAGUUCUUCUACUGUGCCCUCGUUUAGGUAGUUCCUCUUCUAGGUGAGUUUCUGUCGUGUCGGUGACUUAAUGACCAGUAGGGGGCAGCACCGGGUCACAGCUGGAGCUGAGACUAACUGAAGGGAAACAAAACUCAGAAGACGGUUUCAUUUGAUAAAACACCUCAGGCUGCUUCACAGUCGUCAUAGUCUUAGACAUUACACGACUCAGGGAACGAAUGGUGCGAGUUACGUAACGUACAGUAAUCCACAGAAAGCGUCGGCCCGUACACAAAGAGGAACACAUGCGUCACUGAACUCCAGCGUGUGGGCGCUCAUGGACUUCCAGCAGAACAGACGCAGAUCCGCCCGAGGCCAUAAGACGAGCAGGCAGGAACAUGGCCCGGUGCUGCUUGAGGUCCAACGGAACACAUGCGGCACCAGCGUUAUUCUAUCAAGUCAGCUGAAAUGUGAUUUAGGCUGAGGAACCUUGAAGGAGGUCCAGACUCAGGGAUCACAGGCUCAGUCGCAGGUUCUUCAGCAGUGGGACGUUCUGCUCAUCUGUCGGAUCUGUCCAGAUCCUCCGACUGUUACGCUUUGCUCACUGAUGGGAACAGAAGCAGUCGACUGAGUGGAGCCACUGUUCACUCCACAGCACAAUUAAAAGUCAAAAGUCGCGUUUGUCUCGUGGCCUUGGCUUUAUUUGGUAACACUAACAUCAACAGACAAGCGACACCGUGACAUCACUCUGACUUGAGUCCUUCACUGAGCUUUGGUGUUUGGGUUCUGGUCUUUGAGCAUCAGUGGUUCACUUCGGGUUAAGCUGGAACCACUGAGUCCUU